AGUGGCACGUCGCGCAGGGAAACUAAGAGAGCGAUAAUUUUUACGUAACCUGAAGCAACAUCCUCCCGAUUCCCCACACAAAAAGGCGGGAACUAGUCAUGGCAGGGGAGUGACGGGACGCGCGGAGCUACACGUCCCGCCCACCUCGGCCUCUGAUUGGUGAACACUCUUGGCUCGUGGCGGAGGGGCCCGCCUCAUUGGUUGUCGUCUCUCGGAGGAGACGGACCGCGGCGCCGGCCGCCUCCACUCGCUCCUGCUGCCGACGUGGGGCUGGCAGCCGCAGGCGGUGAGGGCCCCGGGCGUCGGUGCAGAGCUGGAGGCGGGGAUGGGGGGGCUGCGGUUACUGGCGGUGGCCCUCACGUGUUGUUGGUGGCCGCAGGGCAGCCAGGGUAAGACCCUACGGGGCAGUUUCAGCAGCGCCGCGGCCCGAGACGCUCAGGGCCAGAGCAUCGGCCACUUCCAGUUCCACGGUGACCGUGCUCUUCUGUGUGUCAGAAUCAACAACAUAGCAGCAGCUGUUGGAAAAGAAGCUAAACUCUACCUGUUCCAAGCCCAGGAAUGGCUAGAGCUUCAGGAAAGCAGUCAUGGUUAUACUUGUAGUGAAAAAUUAUCCAAAGCUCAGCUGACAUUGCCCGUGAACCAGACUGAACAUAAUCUGACAGUGUCCCAGAUUCCGUCUCCACAAACGUGGCAUGUGUUUUAUGCAGACAAGUAUACAUGCAGCGAUGAGAGGGAGAAUUCUCAGGUGGAAGAUAUCCCAUUUGAAAUGGUGUUACUAAACCCAGAUGCUGAAGGGAAUCCGUUUGAUCAUUUUAGUGCUGGAGAAUCUGGGUUACAUGAGUUCUUUUUCCUCCUAGUCCUAGUGUACUUUGUGAUUGCUUGCGUUUAUGCUCAAUCAUUGUGGCAGGCUAUUAAGAAAGGAGGACCCAUGCACAUGAUUUUAAAGGUUCUGACAACUGCAUUGCUGUUACAAGCUGGUUCAGCCUUAGCUAAUUACAUUCAUUUCUCCAGUUACUCCAAAGAUGGAAUAGGAGUACCUUUUAUGGGAAGUUUGGCAGAAUUUUUUGACAUUGCUUCCCAAAUUCAGAUGUUAUACCUACUUCUGAGUCUAUGCAUGGGUUGGACAAUUGUCAGAAUGAAGAAGUCUCAAAGCAGACCUCUCCAGUGGGAUUCUACACCUGCAUCCACUGGCAUUGCAGUAUUCAUUGUCAUAACGCAGAGUAUUUUGCUACUUUGGGAGCAGUUUGAAGAUACCAGUCAUCGUAGCUACCAUUCACACCACAACUUAGCAGGGAUCCUUCUGAUCGUUUUAAGAAUUUGCCUAGCAUUGUCAUUAAGCUGUGGACUCUAUCAGAUUAUCACAAUGGAGAGAAGUACACUCAAAAGGGAGUUCUACAUCACAUUUGCCAAAGGCUGUAUCUUGUGGUUUUUAUGUCAUCCAGGUCUUGCAUGCAUUUCUAUCAUAUUUAGUGACUAUCAAAGAGAUAAGGUUAUUACAAUAGGUGUUAUCCUUUGCCAGUCUGUUUCCAUGGUUAUUCUCUACAGACUCUUUCUAUCCCACAGUCUAUACUGGGAAGUUUCUUCACUUUCCUCAGUAACGCUACCACUGACCAUAUCAUCUGGACACAAAAGUCGACUUCAUUUUUGAUGCUUGAUUUUUGUUGAAAGGAAAAGUGAAUUGGUUAAAAGUGCAAUAACGAUCCAAAUAUAGUGACUUUCUUUUUCAUACGUUUGAUAUGAAAAAUUGAACAGUGAAAGCAGAGUGUGUUAUUUAUAUAACUGCAUUUAAGCAGUACCAAAACUGAGAAAAGGUAAUAAAUGGAAUGUUUUGAAAUAUACUUAAACAAUAAACUUUCAAGAAAGAGUGUUGUUAUAAGGUGAUUGAAGCAAUUACCAUACAGAAAUAAAUGUGAAAAAGAAUUAUAUGAUAUUUUGGUAAGAUAUUUAAUUCACCACUUAAAAUGCCUCAUUUUAUAUCAAUAGCUAACUCAGGUUUGGUAGUCUUAUAAAAAGUAAUCAGUUAAAUGAUUACUUGUUUAUACAUAUCUAAACUAGUCUGGUUAUGAAAUCAGUGUAAUGCACUGAUUUUAAAAACUGCUGCUUUUUUUAAGGAAAAUGCAUUUCAUAUUGGAGUUUAAAGGACUUGAAAACGAAAUUACUUCAGGAAAUGAAUAUAAAAUAUAUUCGCAGUUAAGUAAAUAAGCUUUUGUUUAUUUGUGGGUGGGAGAUUAUUCUCUAAUUUUUCCUAUCAUUUUUGGCUCCAGUUCAGGUUUUAGCUUGAUUAGCGAAGGGUUUUUGCCAAAUAGUUUAUGAAAAAUAAAAUUUAGACACAUCGCAUGGGUUGUAAGGCAAAGGAUUUUAAAAUCUGAACACUUAGGUAAAGGGAAAAGCAGGUUUAUAUGUCUAAAAAGAAAAAAGGAAAAGGUACUAUGUGAUAUGGUACUAAAGUUUUAAUCCCGAUAUAAUUCAUUUCUCUUACAUUGAACCCCCAAUCAUAAUUAAGCCAUAUACACAGAUUAAAUUAACAGAAGCAUUUCACAUAAAUGUUGGUUUCAGUCAUCAACUACCCAUGAAUUCUUGCCCAAGGAUACUUAAUCAGGAUUAAAUUUUCUAUGAAUAAUUGAAAAACAAAAUACUCACUGGAUUUGUUAUAAUCCGUGUUGGCACUGGAUUCUAAGUAGUUGCCAUCUUGAAUCCUUUGUAAUAAAGCCAUACUUUUGCAUGUGCAUGAUGCCCCAUUAUUGAGUGUGUUAGCUAAAAAAUACUCUUAUCAAGUGCCUGUUUAAAGAAUUGCUAAAUGGUUGUCAACAGCUGUUUAAAAUGAGAAUUCCCAUUAUAGUCACUGAUGGAAAUUAUUCUGUUGCUAUUUGUCAGGUUGUUUAGGCCUUUUCAUUUUUACCUCUGGCUUAUUUAAAAAAUAUCUGUCUACUUAUUACAUUUUUAAGCACUGAUCUGGUAAUUAAACUUUUUAAUUAAAUAGUUAAAGUAAGGUAGUGUAACUUAAAAAUAUCUGUGUCCAUGUCUUUGUUUUUCCCUUUUACCUAGUCUCAUUGGAAGUGAAUAGUAUUCUGCUCCAUUUAAAAGCAAAAUAUAUGUUUGUGACUAGCAAAAUGGCAAAGUAAGAGUUCAGCCUGCUCGUUAAAUGAUCUCUCUAAUAUUUCUUUAUAAAUUAUUUAAUAAAUGAGAGCUACAGGUUAAGACUAGAAAGUCUAAGGUAUGUUUUAGGUUUACAUGAUCUGCUGAGGGGUCAUAACCUUUCUCUUUUACCAUGUCUGAGUAAUAACCCCAGUUAUUAUCUGUUGUGUUUAACUGAGGUGCAGAUAAUUAUGCUCAGUAAAAAAGUGAAGCCUUUUUCA